AUGUCCAUGUUAUCACUUGGUCCUUUUACUGGCUGGGAGCACAUUUCCUUCAACCCAACAACGGCUCAUUGUGGAAUUUCAUUCCCUGUGUCUCUAGCAGAGAAACUGCGCUUAACRGUACUUGCAGCUUUGGCAUUUGUGUUCCCUUUAGCUUUCAUGGCCUAUGCUUACUGCAGGAUCUACUGGAAGAUCAACGAACACGAAAAAAGACUUUCGGGCACAAUUCGCAGAAACAAUUCUAUGAAAAGAAAACUCUCGCUUACACUUUGUAUGAUGUUUGGAACAUUCGUUGCCUGCUGGUCGCCUUUCUUUUUGUUAAUUGUACUUGCAAUUAUACUUAAAGAUCCAGGAAAUCUUCCAGAAGCAUUGGGACGAAUUGCAUACUGGUUUGGCUACAUCAAUUGUUGCUUGAAUCCUGUAUUUUAUUGUAUACGAGCAUCUACUUUUCGUGAAUUAAUGCGCGAAAGAUCUGUGACAAUGUCGCAUAAUGUGAACUUUGCAGUUCCAAAUCGCGGUAAAAGAGCUUUUUCUCUCCCCACUUUACCAACAAAAAGACGAAAUUCGUCUUCCGUUGGAUCUGCUGCAAUUUCUCCUACCCCAAUACUGGUGGGAAACAUCGCGGACAGUACACAGCAUAAAAGAAUYCCGUCUAGAAUGCGCGCGUUUUCCUGGACCGCAGAUUUUAGACUGCCGGGAAUGUUAACAACACCCAUUGCUCAAAGUUCAAAUGAAAUAACCUUAAGUCGACCUAAAGAAAAAAAGAAUGUAGUAAAAAAAGCAAGACUUAUUAUGACGAAUCCGGAGACAAUUAGUGAAAGUCCUGUGGAGAUGGAUCAAAUGGAAGAAAUCGUGUUGAAUGUUACACCACGACGUGAUAGAUAA